AUGAUACAUGAUACAACUAUAAUAAUAUUAUUAAUAUGUCUACCAUUAUUUAUAAUAUCCCAUUCACUUCGAGAUUCCGAUUAUUCAUUGGAGAAGGAAUCAAAUGUUGAUGAAGCUUCUAGAAGAACUCGUUUGAUUUCUGAAAAAGAUCAAGAAGUUGUCAAUUUUUAUAUGGAAAAAAUGAACAAAUUGGCGGCUGAAAAACAUCCGGAGGUAAAAAAAAUGUGGUUUUAGUUCAGCCAGGAAAUAUUUUGAAGGUCAUACUUACUUUCAGUCAAAUCAAAUUAGCCAUAAAAUCAAUGUGGGGAAAAGUCUUGACAUGGUUUGGUUUGGUUUUUGACAAUAAACAAAACAGGUUGUUGUGUGUGUUGCCUGUUUCUUUUUGAGACGCAAUUAAAAAUAUAAUUGAGGGUACAACUUUCUGUGGAUUUUCCAAGCCACAACUUUUUUUAUACAUCAAAAUACCACGAUAGUGUUACACAUUUUCUCCAAAAAAACUAAUAAAUAUUUCACACUUCAGUUUGAAAAAGAAAAAGUGUAAGAAAGGGUCAUUUAUAUUGAAAAUCGAGACCCGUUCCAUUAUUAUCAAUCGAUUCAUGUCUUUUCUUUUAUGUAUUAUCCUUAUCAACAUAAUCACACCGCAUUUUCAAUCAUCUUCAACAAUCAUCAGCCAAAAAAAAACAAUGAAAAAACCAUUUUUUAGGAAAAAGAAAUGUCAAAAGAACUGAAUGAUUGGUCGAAAUCACGACUUCGUGCUGAUGUUUUGAAUCCAGAGGAAAGGGGGAAGUAUUUCCAAGGAGAUAUUGUUUUAUAUCCUGAACAGGCUAAAGCAAUGUAUGAAAAAGCAGUGGAAAGUGGGAAGAAUCGGAGGAAACGGAAGUUUAUUGGAGCAAAAAUACGAAGAUGGGAUGCUUCGCAACCGAUUAUUUAUAAUUUUGAUGGAUCACAUAGUGAGUUUGAGUACUGUAGAUUGAAAAGAUAAAUUUUCGCGACUGAAAAUCGUGAAUCCUAUUUUCAAUUUGAUCUAUUUUUUGGAAUUUUGAAAAAAAAACGUUUCGGAACCUUGAAAAAAAUCAAAGAAAUGUUUGCCACGUCACAAUCAUUGCUUAUAUUAAAAAUCACACCGUAAUCCAAGGGUUUUUCGGCUACAGUAUCUCAAUGAAUUUCCAAAAAAUAGUAGAUCAAGAAUAGUAGAUCAAGAAUAGUCGUACUGUAGUCGUGAAUUAAACAAAAACUACCGUAAUCCUUGCGGUUACUGUGUAUUAUGCUUUCAAAGACAUUUACAGUAGUCAAAGAAUGAAUUGAAAAUAAAAAUAAUUUUCAAAAAAGGUUCACCUAUGUCCGGAUUUCUGGGGAAAACAUUUGGAUUUCAUUUAUAAAUUCUUAUUUUCGAGUUCUGAAUUAUCAUUUUUUUUUUUAGAAUUUUUGCUUUAUAUUACUGAAAAUUCCGAUUUUACUUUAUGAAAAAAUUCGUGACCGAAACGUGGCAAUUUAGAAUUUCAAUUUCUGAUUAUCAAGUUCACGUUUGAAAUACGAUCCCAAUUUCUAAAAAUUAUUUCAUUCCCAUUUUUCCAGCUCAACGUGAACAACGAAUAAUCGAACUUGCUCUCGAACAUUGGCAUAAUAUAACAUGUUUGAAUUUCGAAAGAAACGAUAACAUAAAUUCAGGAAAUCGAAUUGUUUUCACAGAUGUUGAUGGAUGUGCAAGUAAUGUUGGCAGAAAUCCAACCGGCGAAGAACAACUUGUCUCCCUCGCACCAGAAUGUAUUCGAUUAGGUGUUAUUGCACACGAAGUUGCACAUGCUCUUGGUUUUUGGCAUGAGCAAUCAAGACCUGAUCGAGAUCAAUUUGUAACCGUGAAAUGGGAAAACAUCGAGAAAGAUUCGAAGGGUCAAUUUUUGAAAGAGGAUCCAGAUGAUGUUGAUAAUUCCGGAGUUCCUUAUGAUUAUGGAAGUAUUAUGCAUUAUAGAAGUAAAGCAUUUGGAAAAAUUGAUGAUUUGUAUACAAUCAGCACUUUUGUAUCCGAUUAUCAAAAAACUAUUGGUAAAUUUUUUUUCAGAAGAAAACUUUUUUAUUCAAAUAUUUUUGAUAUUUCAGGCCAACGUGAUCAAUUAUCAUUCAAUGAUAUUCGACUCAUGAAUAAAAUAUAUUGCAGUAACACCUGUCCUUCAAAUUUACCAUGUCAACGUGGCGGAUACACAGAUCCUCGCAGAUGUGAUCGUUGCAGAUGUCCCGAUGGUUUUACUGGACAAUAUUGUGAACAAGUUAUGCCAGGAUACGGUGCAACUUGUGGUGGAAGACUUCAAUUAACUCGCUCAACUACCAAAAUAUCAUCGCCAGGUUAUCCAAGAGACUUCAAAGAAGGUCAAGAAUGUUCGUGGUUGUUGGUUGCACCGCCUGGACAUAUUGUGGAAUUCCAAUUUAUUGGAGAAUUUGAAAUGUAUUGUAAAGUUAGGCAUUCUUUAUGUAUGGAUUAUGUGGAAGUUAGAAAUACCACUGAUUUCGCCAAUACUGGAAUGAGGUGAAUAGGUUUUAGAAAGAAAAUUCAUAAAAAUAAUUGAGAGGAUUUUAGAUAUUGUUGCUAUGGAACUCCACCAACAAGAAUACGUUCAGCAACCACUGAUAUGGUAGUGCUAUUCAGAAGUUUCUACCGGGGUGGAAAAGGUUUUGAAGCUCGUGCUAGAGCGGUACCUGAGGCGGGUAACUGGAAUCAAUGGGGACAAUGGAGUGCAUGUAGUGCAUCUUGUGGUGCAUGUGGUAGCCGAAUGAGGACAAGAGUUUGCCCACCUGGAAAUGCAUGCGCGUAUGUUAUUCUAACAUCUCAAACCUAAUUACUAUCCUAAUUAAACUAAUCAAUUUGUUUUCUAGGGGAGAACCAUUGGAAACCCAAGUUUGCAAUACUCAAGCGUGUACGGGUAUGUGCGCCAAGAAGAAAGAGGAAGAGGGACAAUGUGGAGGAUUCCUAUCGCUUCUACGUGGCGUCAGGUGUAAACAGUAUGUUUUUUGAUGAUAAAAACAUGUAACAAUUUAUUGUUCUUAAUUUCAGAGAGAAAACUGUGAUGGCACCUUGCGAGAAUGCUUGUUGUCCUGGUUUCAGUCUUCAACGUGGUCGAUGUGUUAGGUGAAAAGCACUACAGAAUACUGUUCAACUAAUUUUAAAUGUAUACGGGCCUUCAUUUUAUGAUUUGUUUUUGUAUGUUUUGAACGAAACUUUUUUUAUUUUAUCAACAAUUUUAAAUAUAUGAUUAUACUUUUAAUGAAUUAUUUACGAUAAACUUCAUAGUUCAAUUUCAGGAUAUUUUUCAGAAAAAUAACGUUGGUUAAUGAUGUUUUGAACAGAAAUAUCAAACCACUUACGUAGAUUUAUUGUGAACGUGAACUCAUUCUAGCGUAUUUUUCAAAAAUAACCCCCAUUUCUUCUACGGUUUUUCCUGACAUCCUCCGUCUAUUUCUUUCGGAAACAAGAAAUUUCAACCAAAAAACAAUUGCUGAUCACGAGGUUUGUUUGUAUUCAUACUAUUUUACUUCCUAAAACCAAGAUCAUCAACAAAAACAUGAAAAACUUCGAGAAAACCCCUUUGCUUUCCGAAAGAAAACAUACACAAAACGGCGAAAAAAUAUUUAUUCGCACACGCGAAAUAAAUGUUACCGUAGUUGUGUGUUGUGUCUUAUAGCGAAGAGCGUUUAAUACUCAGUGAACGACCCAGCAGCCAAAUUUCGCCGUAUUUUUAUUCUUUUUUUCAACUUUUUUUGGUUUUUCACGUCGAAUUUCACGCAAAAAUACGUUUUUCUUGUCAUUAUUGUGAAGAAAACAUACUUUAUGUAUAGUAGAUAAUCUCCAUUUUACAAGUAUUCCGAUAUCGUAUGCUAAAUACCGAUUUUUGUAUUUGUUGCCGUAAUUUUCAUUAUUUUAAAUUUUUCGUUUUUCAGUGGGUACACAAUGGUUGGAAAGAGAAACCUCCCAGUUAUCAGCAGAAACUUCGACCUCUCCCCAGGAGUUCUUCGUUUCUCUACUACUCGUCUUCGUUUGAAGAAGAACCAAAAGACACCACUUGUCAAGGCGGCCAAGCCAGUAAGUUAUAUUAUUUUUCAAAAAUUAUUUCCGAAGUCCAGAGUCACCUUUUUUGCUAGAGUACGAUUGAGGUGCUAGGAUUGUUCGAAAAUAAAAAUGGUAUAAUAUGCAAAUAGAGCUUGGUUUACCCUCCUCUAUUUCACCUCAAUCCAUAACAUCCGAAAAAAUUUCUGAGAUUCAUGUUGGCGUGAAAUUAUGUUAAAUUUGUUCCGUUUGGAAUUUACAUGAUUGUUUUUCAGAGCAACAAGCUCGCUGCUCUUCAAAGAGAUGGACAAAAAUUCAAGCUCGGACACUCAAAGAAGGUUGCUCUCCGCAAGUCACUCACUCCAGGAACAGUCUUGAUUGUUUUGGCUGGACGUCAUAAGGGAAAGAGAGUUGUUUUCCUCAAGCAAUUGGAAUCCUCUGGACUCCUCCUUGUUACUGGUAUGUUUUUAAUUAUUUUUAGUGAUAAACAAUCAGUUUUAAAAAGUUGCACUCAUAAGGGACGGAAUUCUCCUAUGAGAUUCUUCGUAUAAUUUUAGGUGCGAAAUAGUAGAGAGGCGCAGUGUUACUCUUCCUUCCUUAUUGGAAAUGGAGAGUGUCAAGCGCUUCCCACAUUAAAUAUAAAAUUUUUUAACAAAAUUAUUCAUUUUUCAGGACCACACAAGAUCAACGGAUUCCCACUCCGCAGAAUCUCCCAAUCUUUUGUCAUCGCCACUUCCUUGAAAAUCGACGUUUCGGGAGUCAAGGUUCCAGCACACAUCAAUGAUGAUUACUUCAGAAGAAAGUCGACCGCCCAAAAGAACGGAAAGAACAUCUUUGCUUCCGGAAAGGCCGAAUACACCGUAAGUUUUCAAGUUAAAUCAGUUUUCAGCAAAAAAUUAUUUAAAAAAAUUGGAACUCACAUAGAAAAUUUUUCCUCUAUUAGAGUUCUAAAAAUACUUUUAAAGCAAACAUGAAGGCGCAAAGCAAUAUAUUCUGUAUGACUUAGGAAUCCUAGGUUCUAAAACAAUCAAAUCGUAUUUCACCGCAGUAAGUAUUUGCAAAAUAGCUGCUAGUUUUCGGCUCAUAUUGAACUUUACAAAUUUGGCUUGUCUUUUUAUAGUGGCACUCAUAAGGGACGGAUUUCUCCUAUGAGAUUCUCCGUAUAAUUUUAGGUGCGAAAUAGUAGAGAGGUGCAGUGUUACUCUUCCUUCCUCAUUGGAAAUGGAGAGUGUCAAGCGCUUCCCACAUUGAAUAUCAAAUUUUAUUCCCAAUUGAUUUAUUGGAAUUUAAUUUUCAAUUACAGGUAUCCGAUCAAAGAAAGGCCGACAUCAAGACCGUCGACGCCCCAAUCCUCGCCGCCAUCAAGAAGAACAAGGACCACAAAUUUUUGUUCGGAUACCUUGGAACCAGAUUCUCGUUGGGAAAGAACCAAUACCCACACAACAUGGUCUUCUAA